UUCCUCAUUUCCCUUUUCUUUCCCUUUUUUUUUCUUUUUCUUUUUCCUUUUCUUUUCUAGUUGGGGUUUAGAACCCAUAUUGGGAUUGGGGUGAAGAAGAUAAGAGAAAAUGCUAAGAACAACACUCCCAGUUGCACCGUCUUCUUCUUCGACGCGUUGUCUUUCAGUUUGCAAACCUUCAAUGCGGUCGUCGUCUCCGAACUUCUCUUCUGUUCUCAUCAAUGGCGAUGAUACCAGUGCCUCCAACAGUAACAAUCCUUCUCGAAGACUCACUCUCCUUCAACUUGGCACCGGAACUGUGGAAACUAGAAAGGAAAACGAACUUAUUAGUAGUAUGCCCUAGGUUGGCUUAAUUCCUCAAUAUUUUUGCUGCAUUUUUGUUUGAAGUUGUGUGGAGCUGAUGCAGCGAAAAUGGAGUCGAAUCGGCGCUUCUAUCGACUGAGAUCUUAGCCGAUUUUAGCUUUUUUUGUCCUUUUGCAAUGAGUAUAGCAGCUUGCAAAGGAGUUAUUCUCCUGAUUUGGUUGAAUCCCCAACUUAUAAAACCAAACGAUUCUA